UGUUCAUUGCUUCAACCUUCUUCUUCUUCUUCUUCAAGUGUUUCAGAGUUUCUGCUCGUUUUGCGUCGAAUAUUUGUGUUCUCUUCUGAUAAAUUUCGUCUCUCUGAUGACUCGUCUCAAGGUCAUUUCGGUUUCAUCGAGCUGCCGGUGCCCAUUUACCACCCGAGCCAUAUCACCGAGCUGGGGAAGAUACUCAACAAGAUCUGUCUCAGCUGCCUCCGGCUCAAGAACGGCAAGCUCAAACGCAAGGGUGCUGGGAAGGAAAGCAAAUUCACUUCAUGCUCAUAUUGUCAGGAUCUCCCACCGCUAUGUGUUGCAGAAGUCAAGAAAUCAAAUGGCGCUCGUAGCUUGGAACUGAGAGCAUCAUUACAGGAAGAAGUCGGGGAUGGAUUUUGGAGCUUCCUUGAUCAGUUUGGCUUCUGCACAAGGCGUAACACUCACAGCCGUCCUUUACUCCCAAAAGAGGUUCAGAACAUAAUGCAGAAGAUCUCCCAAGAAACAAGAAGAAAGCUUGCUGCUAUGGGAUACAAUCUUCAGGAUGGAUUUGUCAUGAAUUACAUGUGUGUUCCACCAAAUUGCCUGCACAUAUCAAAUGUAUUAGAUGACAACAUAGCCAUGUGCCCUCCUGACACAUCAAAAAGCUUGUUACGGAAAGUCCUACGUAAGAUAGAACAGAUCAAUAGCUCAAUUAUUGGCCACCCAAACUUCCAAACACGUGAGAUAGGGGAAGAGAGUCUUCAGGUAGCUGUUGCCGAUUACAUCAAUAUGAGAGGAACAGCACAGGAUUCCCAGCAUGUCACCUUUACAAGACAGCCUGCACCAAAACAGUGGCAGCAAAAGAUGAAGACACUCUUCAUCAGUAAGAGUUCAAGCUUCUCGUGCCGUGCAGUGAUCACUGGUGACCCAUACAUUGGUCUUGAUAUAGUAGGGGUGCCUGAUGAAAUAGCAAGAAGAAUGUCAGUAGAAGAACAUGUCACAGACUACAACAUUGCUAGACUGCAAGACAUGAUGGAUAAAGGACUAUGCGUGACGUACAGAGAUGUCAAUUCCAACACAUACGCCUUGGAUGUGGGGGAAGCAAAUAAGAGACGCACCAUGCUGAGGGUUGGUGAAACUGUAAACCGUAGAGUCCUUGAUGGGGAUCUGGUCUUCCUCAAUAGGCCACCAAGCACUGACAUGCACUCGGUUCAAGCCGUCUAUGUCCAUGUCCAUGAUGAUCACACCAUAAAGAUCAACCCGCUCAUCUGUGGCCCACUUGGAGCAGAUUUCGAUGGUGACUGUGUUCACAUUUUCUUCCCAAGGUCAGUUUCAGCAAGGGUUGAAGCCACAGAGCUCUUCACUGUGGAGAAUCAGCUGGUGAGCUCCCAUAAUGCGAAGCUGAACUUUCAGUUCAAGAACGAUUGCUUGCUAGCACUGAAGACGAUGUCUGACAGAAGGUAUUCUAGAAAGGAGGCAAGCCAGAUUGCCAUGUUCUCGUCAGCGAUAAUCCCGCCUGGUGAUCAUUAUUGGACUAUUCCUCAGAUUCUGCAGACUACGGAUGCACUAGCAGAAUUACCAAACCAUCCAAACAAAGAAUCCAUCAAAGCCCUAGUUACGGCCAUCGUCUCAUCAACCCUUUCAGACAAGAGUCCAAGGGAGGCCAUAAAGCUUCUGAAUCUUCUGCAGCCCCUACUAAUGGAAUCAUUGUUUAUGGAUGGUUUCAGCAUAAGCUUGAGUGAUUUCAAUGGCCCGAGUGCAAUGCUGAAGGAAAUUCAAAAUAGUUCAGUUGAGCUCAACAAGUUCAGAGCAUUAGUUGUGGACUUCAUUGCUCAUUUUUCUGCCCUUGGUCUGUUGGUUGAUCCUAAAAGCGAUUUGUCCCUGAAGAAAUUAGUUGAGCAGCUUGGUUUCUUGGGACGUCAACUGCAAUAUACUGGAAGGCUAUACUCUAGCAACUUAGUGGAGGAUUGCUACGAGUUUCUGAACAAGUGUCGCGGGAGCACCAAAUGUUACGAUCCUUUAGAGGCAAAGGGUGUUGUCAAGAGUUCAUUUUACAGUGGAUUAAACCCAUACGAGGAACUGCUCCAUUCGAUAGAGGCAAGGGAAAAGAUAAUACGCACCUCUAAAGGGCUAGUGGAACCUGGCGGUCUGUUCAAGAACAUGAUGGCGAUACUCCGAGAUGUUGUAGUAUGCUAUGAUGGAACCAUAAGAACGUCAUACAGCAAUUCAAUUGUACAAUUUGACUCGAAGAAUGUAUCAAGUUAUAUGACACCAGGAGAUGCAGUUGGUAUCUUGGCAGCCACUGCAGUUGCAAAUGCUGCAUACAAGGCAGUGCUAGAUCCAAAUCAGAACAACAUGGCCUCGUGGGACUCAAUGAAGGAAGUACUUCUUACGAAAGCUAACUCAAAAACUGAUAUAAAUGACCGAAAGGUAAUUUUGUACCUGAACAAAUACUCUGGUGUAAUCAAUGCAGUGCAAUCCUGCUUAAAGAGGAUCAAAGUAAAGGAUUGUGCCACUGAGGUCUCCAUCAAGUAUCAGCAGGAAACAACUCAAGCAGCACAUUGCCUGGUUGGUUAUAUUCACCUCGAUAAGGAGACACUAAAUCAAAUGGAGGUAACUAUGGGGAGUAUUAUUCAAACAUGCCAGGAAGCUAUUGUUAAACAAGUAAAGAAAAGGGGGAAGAUGAUGCAAAUUAUGACGAGGAGUAAUAUAAUUUUAAGUGAAUGUUUGUGUGACGAGGAUCCAGGUGAUGAGAAAGCCUUGCAAGUUUCCUGCUUGCAGUUUUUCCUAGAUGCAAGCAUUGCCACAGGACUACAUGAAUCUACUGUUGUCCAUCUGAUGAUCAAUACCAUUUUUCCUAUACUCUUGGAGACGAUAAUAAAAGGUGAUCCUCGAGUCCAAAAGACUAAGAUAAUAUGGGUUGAACUUGAACCAGAAUUACCAUGUUGGGUCCAGAAUUCCAGUGCAGAGCACAAGGGAGAACUGGCACUAGAAAUCACAGUGGAAAAGGCCGCAGCUGCAGAGAAUGGUGGGGCCUGGGGAGUAGCAAUGGAUGCGUGUAUCCCUGUCAUGGAUCUGAUUGACACUGCCAGAUCUAUGCCCUACAGUAUCCAAGCAGUUGAACAAGUGUUUGGCAUUUCCUGCGCCUUUAAUCGAGUCACGCAGCACCUUUCCAAGGCCGUUGGAAUGGUUACAAAAUCAGUUCUCAAAGAGCACCUAAACACUGUUGCAAGCAGCAUGACCUUCACAGGUAGCUUGCAUGCCUUCAAUAGCUUGGGUUACAAGGCCACAUUCCAAUCCCUGAAGGUUCAGGCACCAUUUACAGAAGCUACACUAUAUAGACCAAUGCAAUGCUUUCAGAGGAGUGCAGAGAAGAUCUACUCCGAUCAGCUGGACAGUGUUGUCUCAACCUGCUCUUGGGGCAAUCAUGCAGCAAUUGGGACCGGCUCAGCUUUCAAAAUCCACUGGAACAAUGAGAACCAGUCAGCAAGCAACGAAAUACUCGAAGGCUAUGGUUUAUACGACUUCAUUGCAACAGUAGGAACAAUAGGAGCUACUGAACACAAGGCAGUUACUCCCCAUAGUUCAUGCUUGUAUGACGUUGACCACCUUCCAGAGGAUGAAGUUCAAGAGGAAGAAGUGGUAUGGUUGGGAGGAAACAGUCUGAUCCCCUGGACAGACAGGCCAAAAGCUGACUCCCGGCGGCGUGGUUUCAAGGGUAGGAGGCCUGGAAUGCACAGCACCACACAGGAACAUCAAGGAAUGCAAACUAAGAGUAACUGGAACUCGGUUGCAAACUGGAAAAAUGAUAAGCCAAGUUGGAGCGAGGGAAAUGCCAGGGGUCCUCCGCAUUCUGGUUUCGCUGGAUCAACUAGUACCAGUGGAUGGAGCAAGAGACGGUUUACCGGACUAGUGUUUGAGAGAAAGCAACGAAAGCGUAGCUGGGGUUCAACUGCAACACAGCAAGAAGAUAAGCCAAGUGGGUGUAGAGAAAAUGUUGCGGAUGCACAGAACUUUGGCAUUGCAGAAUCAUCUAGCUCAGGUGGAUGGAACAGGAGGAUUAGUACUUCUGGUCAAGGUGGCGGUAGAGCCGUGUGGAAAUCAGAGGGAUCACGCCGUGGAGGCAGUAACAGCAGGAACUGGAAAGCCCAGAAAAACAGCAGUGCCAGACAAGGAGGGAGUUAUAAUUUCACACCAAUGGAGCAGCAGAUAUAUGUGCAAGUCGAACCAAUCAUGAAGAAUGUAAAGAGGAUCAUCCGUGAAUCAAGGGAUGGCAUUAAGCUUUCUCCAGAAGAUGAGACGUUCAUCGUCAGAAAUAUUCUCAUGUACCACCCAGAGAAGGAAAAGAAGAUAGCUGGUCAGGGCAAUUACAUUAUGGUUGCUAAGCACCAACUUUACCAUAGCAGCAGGUGCCUGUACGUUGCAUCCUCAGAUGGAAUAUGUUCAGAUUUCUCCUACAAGAAGUGCCUAGAAAACUUCAUCAGGAUUCGCUACCCAGGUGCUGCAGAUUCGUUUUGCAGAAAGUACUUCAAAUGAUGAACCAUAGCCUGCUGAUUUGCCCCAGUGGUGCUUGCUUGCAGUAGUGCCAUAUUCUAAGCCCCUGGAGUGAGCUGCACCCAAUUCCUGCUACAAUGUUGCCUUUGAUGUCCACUAACUUUAAUGUUCUUGAAACUUUUGUAACUGUGAUCUUAUUUCUGAACAGUAGCAAACAAAAAUAUAUGUAU